AUGUCUGUCACUCCAAGAGAAAAGUUUUUAGAUAUCUUCCCAUCUUUAGUCGAUGAACUAAAGUCUAUCCUAGUUAACUAUGGUAUGCCUGCUGAGGCCAUCCAAUGGUAUGAACGUUCUUUGCAACAUAACACUCCAGGGGGUAAGUUGAAUAGGGGCCUUUCUGUUGUCGACACAUACACCAUCCUGAAGGGCCAUUCAUCUGUUGAUGAACUGAGUGCUGAAGAAUAUAAGAAACUUGCUAUUCUUGGCUGGUGCAUUGAAUUGCUACAAGCCUAUUUCCUAGUUGCUGACGAUAUUAUGGAUCAAAGUAUCACUAGAAGAGGUCAACCAUGUUGGUAUAAAGUUGCCGGUGUUGGCGAUAUUGCCAUUAAUGAUGCCUUUAUGUUAGAGGCUGCAAUUUAUUCUCUAUUGAAGAGUCAUUUCAAACAAGAUAGUUAUUAUGUCGAUUUGAUUGAAUUGUUUCAUGAAGUUACUUUACAAACUGAAUUAGGUCAAUUAUUGGAUUUAAUUACUGCCCCAGAGGAUUCUGUUGAUUUAAACAAAUUUUCCUUAGAUAAACAUUCUUUCAUUGUUAUCUUCAAGACAGCUUAUUAUUCUUUCUAUUUACCAGUCGCUUUAGCCAUGUAUGUUGCGGGUAUUCAUGAUGAAAAGGAUUUAAAACAAGCUCAAGAUGUAUUGAUUCCAUUAGGUGAAUAUUUCCAAAUCCAAGAUGAUUACUUAGAUUGUUUUGGUACCCCUGAACAAAUUGGUAAAAUUGGUACCGAUAUCCAAGAUAACAAAUGUUCCUGGUUAAUUAAUAAAGCCUUGGAAAUUGUCACACCAGAACAAAGAAAGGUUCUUGAUGAAAACUAUGGUAAGAAGAAUGCUAAAUCGGAAGCUAUCGUUAAGAAGAUUUACAAUGACAUUGAGUUGGAAUCAUACUAUAAGGAUUAUGAAGAAAACAUCGCUAAGAAAAUCCAAUCCAAGAUUGAAUUGGUCGAUGAAAGCCGUGGCUUCAAGAAGGAUGUCCUUACUGCUUUCUUCAAGAAGGUGUACAAGAGAAGUAAAUAG